UUUUUUUAAUCUAUUUAAAGAUGAAGUCAAGCUCUUGUCAUAAGAGUGGCUGUGUUGUGUGUUGAGGAGACAAAUGUCACUGAAGUCUGUUUCAGCUUAGUUUGCGUUUUUCCGUCACUGCAGUCUGAGCAGCGCAUCCACCCCGUAGCAGCGGUCACCUCGUCUCGUUUCAUGAAACCCUGAGACGGUGCUGUGUGGUUGGGUAGCGGUCGCUGAUGUGGGGAUUGUGGGAUGAUGUUGCCAUCUGACGUGUCAUGUACGUAAUAAAUCAUUAAAACGGACAAAAUAUACAAACUAAUUCAUUAAAGCAAUACAGGAAUAAAACAGGGCAGCAAUAAUCAAUGAUAGAAGUGAUCAGAAACACAGACUUUAUAAAGGGUCCCUUUUUAGAUUCACUUUGAUCUUCAUAACAGGGAGACGAAACACUCGUUUGUGUACGAACGCAGUGCCGUUAAUGAAAUGGGGGCGUUUGGCACCGAGUGCCGCGUCAUUUAAACACUCAGCUUCUGUCAAACAAACGGGGCAAAUUUAAUAAUUUGUUUUACUGUUAUUAUUGAAAUGAUCCUACACAAGCUGAGCACCAGGCUCCCAACUGUUCCGCAGAGAAAUCCAUUUAAAAACCCCGUUGUUGUUGGUUUUAAUAUCGCUACUGGUUUAGCUUUAAAACACAUCAGACUAAAUCGUGUAGAAUCGUAACCGCACGGCCUGCUGGCUUUAAUCAAGAAGCUGCAGUGCUUUAACAUGCCUGCAGCAGCUUUAGGCCUCUCAGUCUGUGGGAACACCCUCACCCAGGAGAAGCGCGACACACACACACACACACACACACACACACACACACACACACACAGAAAUCUGCACUGUGGUACUUUAACAGGAUGAGUAAUGCUGAAGGUUCGGCCCAAAUCUGCAGAAACGUUCAGAAGGUUUUUCUCACUCUUCACUGCGGUCAGUGUGGGACACCCCAUGUCCAGUUUUCAUGAACAUGGUAGGUCGGGAUGAGUCAAUGUUAGAUGAAGCCCAACCCUAACCGUAGAUACACCCCACGUUAAAUGGCUUGUUCAGACUUGAAGAAACCAUUCCUGAAAUCUGGCUUCAGGAGUCUUUAUUAUUCUGACCUGCAGUGGUUGUGAUUUAUGACCAGCCUCUGAUGUGUUUGAGUAUCUCUGAAAGGUUUUAGAGAGAACAGAAAACCCACCGACUCCUUUACUAAGCGUUUAAUAAUCGCACUGAACAGAAAUCUAAAUAAUCUUGUGGUUUUGUUCCCGUUUAUCCAGGAGUUUUUCCCCUGGAACUAUGUUACACUGCUAAAGGCAAAUGAGGAGUUUCAGUACCACAUUUAGUGAAAGGCGAUGUUUAUAUUUUUGUUCAGGGUUUUUCCAGGGGGAGGAAUAUAAUUCCUAAUCAGGAGUUUCCCAGAGACGAGUAGAUCAGGUCCAGAGAGCGAUUUGAUGCUGUUUAAAUGAACGUUUCUGCAGGUGUAACUCUCUCUCUCGUGUGUGUGUGUGUGUGUGUAGGUCAGUCAUGCAGUCCUGCAGUUCUGCUCUCUGUAUAGUGAUCUUACUGACCACUACAUCCAUUGCUGGGUCUGUAUCAGCUGAUCCUACAGUGAAGGUGAAGCUUCAUGACUCUGCUACUCUGUCCUGCUCUGAGAGAUGUUCUGGUUUGGUCAGAUGGACCGUGUUUCACAAACCCACUGAUGUUCUGGCUGAGUGUGAUCAGACUUCAUGUAGAUCAGUGAAGGAGGGAUAUCAGAUGAUCUAUGAUCAGUACCUGAAGGGAGAUCUGUCUCUCAUCAUCACUGACGCUGAUUUCAGUAAGAGAGCUCGGUACAUAUCUGACUGUGAUGGUGAAGAUCUCUGUGAUGUGCAGCUUCGGAUUGAGCCCUUGAAAACACCACUUAAGAUGGAGCCUGGUGAAUCUCUGGAGCUGAAGGUGGACAUACCAGAUCCAGUGGAUGUGUUUCAUAAUGGCACAGAUACAGCUGGCCAAUCCAGUGGUCAGAUCUGUACAGUGGACGGACGAUCAUUACAGUGUAAACCUGAAUAUAAACAGAGAGCGUCGCUCAGAGCUGCUCUUGAGCUGAGAGGAGCGACUCCAUCUGACAGUGGGGUUUACACUGUAAUGGACCAAUGGAACGAAGAGGUCAUUCACAUCUACACAGUGACCGUCCGAGGUGCUGGAUCUGAAGCUCAGGAUCAGAUUGAUAAGCCUCGAAGCCACCGCAGCCCUGCAUCUGAUUGCCGGCCGUGUGUGUACACAGAUCAGGGAGCUGCUCUGCCUGGCUGGGUGGUUCCUGUGCUGGUGGUUCUUCUAAUCGCGUGUGCCGUGUUCAUGGGAAUUAUUAUUGGCAGCUCCGAAGAAACCUGAAGUGAGCAAAGAUGCCAACAACGUCCAGAAUGGAGUUAAAAAGGAGAACGGGAUGGUCAAGGUGCAGAAGAGCAGGAGAGUUUGGUGCCCGGCAAUAAUGACCAGAAAGUCUGAGAGAUCGUUACCUACCAAUGUUUCUUUCUUUUCUCUCUCUCUUGCUUUUCCGUUCACGUGGUAUGGAAGAGUGGUUGUUUGUGUAUCCGUCCAGAACUUUCUACUGUUGAUCAGCACUCUCAGCUGAAGUUUAUUUAACUCGCACACUUCACUGUCUCACUCUGUAAACCCCUUUAGAUGCAGAGACGGUGCUCUAGAAGCUUUUACUCUAAACCUUAAGUGCUCUUUGUAAGGUCUUGAUGGGGAAAGUGCCGGUGCGUUUUAGUGAGAGUCUGAACUGAGAGGUCAUUUACUCUCCGUUCCUCUGUACUGGACUGUUACAGUGGACAGACAGUUCUGUGGUCAGGUUAUCAUAAGGAACGGUGUUUAUUCAGUAAGUGGUCGUCUGUUUGUACUUCAGGAGUCUGGAGAACACCCAACUCGCAGUCUGAGACGUUUCUACAGUGCAGCUGAGCUACAAACUCGUUUUUAUCAGGUUUGUAAAACUUUGUUGCCGUGGUAAACACUGAUGGGGGGGGGUCCUGAGACCCUCUGGGUACCUCCUAUCUUGAGCCCUGGUUCUGCAUGUGCAGCUCCAGUGUAGAUGUGGGUUCUGCCUGUGAGUCCCAGGUUCAGUGUUCCUGCCCCGGAGAGCAGCCAAUGUGACUGUGUUGUCCUCCAGGCUGGCUUCACUCUGUGGUCCUCUCACAAUUCAGAGCUGAAAACCGACGUUUACAGCUGGGAUUAUUUAAUCCUGAGUUUUUGAUCAAAUCCAUUCUGUACUGUAUUGUGAUUAAUGCUGCCUUUAUUAGAGACGGAAUGAAAAACAUUCAACAUCGGCUUUUAUUUUUAAAAUCAGCAUUUUUACAAAUGGAUAUUAGUUUUGGAAUGAAGAUUUUGAUAAUUCAGAUAUAUGAGAGCAUCAUUUGAUAGCUCUCUGUACAUUUUUACAACAUGCUCAGGAUUAUUACAGCUGGCUGUGCUUUACUUUCUGCCAAAGCUUUCUCUGUAUGAAACCCCAGUGUUUCGAGUGAAUGUUUGCCCUCUAUGUGAACCCAGUUUGGACCAGGGAGGCAGGAAGAUGUCAGGAUGGAUUCACUGCAGUAGCUUAAACAAUAAUAAAGACAACAAAAGAGCAGAACCUUAAAUUAUUCAAAAUAAUUUAUUUAUUUUUAUUUAAAAUGAACUUAUUUAUUUAGAUUUAUUUAGGUGUCGUCUCUGCAGUCCAGUGGCUGAUGCUGGGUUCUGUUUGAUGUAAAUGAUCCAAAUGUAGAAACACAGUAUUUAGCAGAUGAUGAUGAUGCCUGAAACACCUUCCAGCAUCCCUGACACAACUGUGGGUUAGUUAUGAAAAUCAUAUGAGUCUUGUUAUGUCUGGGUGUAUGUGUGUAUAUAUAUGUUCUGGACCAGUAAGACUGAACCAAGUGCCUUCAGGCUUGUUUCACAUUCACUCCCUCCAUGUGGCCUGAGUGACCAGAGCUCAGACAUGCUGACCAUCCACUCAGUGUUUGAGAGUUUGGACUGACAGUGUUUACCCUCUGCAUCAUGCUGUAAACCACAGUCCAGUUCUGCACUUCUCUGUCCAUUUCAGCUGGAUUCACAGUCCAAGUGGUUCCUAAAACUGGAUGUUUGGUGUUACUGGGCAUUUCUUUACCGGUGUUCUGUUGUUUUGAUCCUGUAAACAGGAUCUACAGAACUGUUCUGCGUCACUCACAGCAUGGAGAGGUGAACGUGAAACAGGCCUCCGCCUUUCUGUAGUCGGUGCACUCAGUGCUGUAACCUGAGCCAAACUGCGUUUACAUGCACAGAAAAUGUACCAUGUUAAAUUGUAUUUAAUGAUCAAUAAAAACAUGUCAGUUCA